UGGAGACCAGCUCUCGACCGUUUGCAAAUCACAAACUCCAGAACGACAACGACAGCUCAACGAGCAAAGCUCAAUAUGCCUUGGAAAAAUGUGGACAGUAUCAUUGACGGGCGACUAUUUUUGGGAAACAUAAUAGCUGCCCGUUCUCCGCGAUCCCUUUCGGAACGAAGGAUAUCUCAUAUUGUCUCCGUUUGUGAGGAUCCUAUCCCGGCAGAUUCACCCGCGUCCGGCAUAAGGCACCUACGCAUUCCAGUCAAGGACGUAGAUUACGCUGAUCUCCUUAUUCAUUUGCCCACGGCAUGCCGGUUCAUUCACCAGGCAUUAAAGGAAGGCGGUAUUAUUCUCGUCCAUUGCGAACAGGGCCUUUCGCGAAGCGCGACUGUGGUUGCCGCAUACCUGAUGUAUUCGCAGCGGAUCCGCGCUACACAAGCACUCGAGGUAGUCCGGCGAGCUCGCGAACAGGUCUGGCCAAAUCCCGGCUUUCAAGAGCAGUUGGUUCUCUUCGAGCUAUGUCAGUACAACCCAACGCCUUCCGAUGGCAUCUACAGAAAUUGGCGCAGCAAAAUCGAUCGUCAAAUCAAAGAAGGGCGCAUUACGUCGUUGAAUUAAACUCUGGCAGGAUACAAAAAGCAUCUGGAUGUAUUAACAUCUUUCGUCCUCAUUCCACAUCGUUCUCUACUUCGCAGAUACUUCGCUUUCUCAAUGUUGUAAUUGCUAAUACUUCUUCUUUCAAAUGCUGUAGCUUUCGUUUGUCCGAGUGUAUAUUAUAAUAUUUCUUGUGUUCUUAUUGUUGAUACUUGUCAAGUAGAAAUUUGCUAGCAACGACAUGCGCAUUGGAAUAGAUGCUGAU